AUACAGCCUUGCACGGUCGGUGGCGCGGCCACGGGACGAAGGUGCUUGUUUUAUACAGUUUGCCUGUUUUUGUCGCUAGAUGGCACUUGCACAAAAUGGCGGGUUGCGAACGACGCUUUGGCUUUUUACAAAUUAUUAUUUUGUAUUUGGUACAUGCAGCAACCUCGUCGAACCUUUCACCAAAGUUCAAGGAUUUUUUACCAAAUGUUCUGGAUAGACAUAUAAAGGUGUCAAGACAUUUACCAGUGUGUGUUAUAUACAGAAAACCAGGUGAAGGUUCACCAUUAGAGGAUGUAGUUCAUGAGUUAUGGAGAGGUGAUAAACAGAAUUUUACUUCUUGGGAAUUUGGUUCAUAUUCCUUUGGCAAGAACACCAAACUUCACUAUAGGAAUCCAUCUGUUCCAUUAUUGAGAUGUUUCCUAGGACUUACAUCUCACUUUGAUUAUACAGAUGAACCAAGUAAAGACAAGGUCAACCAUUGGUUACAUGGUUUGGCCAGAACAUUAGAAGACCAGUUACAAGAUGCAACUGAAACCUUGGUGGACAAAACUGCAGACAAUUACAAAUUUACUGUAGUAGCUUUUCCUGAUCUUGCUAGGCACUCAGAGAUUGAAGAAAUGGCUUUUCAGGUUACAUCAGAGAACUUGAACUGUAAAGCCUAUAUAAGUCAUGUGCAUUCUAUAGAUAACAGAAAAAUAAGAUUGAAGUAUAAUGUGAAUGAAGUUCCAUCCAUUAUGAUUAUAUACAGGAAAGACACCACCAAAACAGUACAUCACUUCAGUAAACAGCAGAUGACAGUUUUGUCAAUAGAUAUAUUUAUUAAGUCCAGAUCAUUACCAGUUCCACAUUAUAGUUUGGCUAUGUUUGAAAGAGACGUUAUAAAAAGCAGUGUGAGAGUUUAUACUCCUAAGAUACUAACGUUUUAUGCAUAUUGGAGUCCAGGAAUAUAUGGUUAUUUAUCAGCUUUAAACAGGACAUUAGAUGAAUUCUGUCACCUUGAUGUACAGGUCCAUUUUGGUCUGGUUGAUAUAACUGAUGAUACAGCAGAUUCAAGAAAAAUUGUAAACAGAUGGAUCAGUUCAAGAAUAGCUCAGCAGCUACCAUUUACCCUAAUAUAUUAUAAAGACAGCAAUAAUACAAUCCAACAGAGAUUAUUGACAGAAGACAGACCUACACCAAUGUCUGUAUACAACUGGUUAUCAACGUAUAAAGAGGUUGCUGAGACAAUACGCUUACCUCUUAUUUAUCAACCCUAUGGUGUGGAAGAUCCUAAUAUGUUUACAUACCUAGAUGAAGGACCCUAUGGAUGUUCUUGUUACCUUACAUCACACAACCAGACGGUCAGUACACCACAACAAUACUGGUGGACAUGGAGAAUUCAUCCAAACAAACAAAGACAGAAAAAAACACAAACUCAGAAAUCAUGGCAUGAUGUGUUUGGAACAGAAAACAUCAAUAAAAAGUUGGAAAAAGUAGAAGAUAUUCCAUUGUUAAGUCAUCUGUACUGGUCUGAAGUAGUCGAGAAAUCACACGCACCUUUACAUCCUUUUAUGCCAGGUAGAGAGUGGGCAGGUGAAGUGACGAAGGUUGCUCUUAUUAUAUUUAUAAUGGCUGACUGUGGAAGUUGUAAAAAAGGAAUGGAAACAUUUAAAAAUUUACAGAAUUCUGUCAAAUAUAUAGCUGGUGGCUCCGUCUACUUAGUGAAUUGUACAGAAGAAGUAGAGCUAUGUAAAGAACAUGAUAUUAGGGGAUUCCCCACUGUAACAGCCUUCAGAGGACUGGGUUGGUUAGACAGUAGUAAAUGUAUUUCUGAUGAAAGUCAGAGAUUAUACAAAAGUUACAGAAGAAUGGAUUACCAUGGAGUUUUACAGGCCAAACCAAUAAUGGUGUGGUUUGGAGAAAUAGCUAGUUCUGCAGUAAAAGACAGAUUAUUUGAUUGGCCUAAGCAACAAUUAGUGGAAGAUGUAAGACUGGUUGCUGUCCUGGUACCUAAAGCAUCUAGAUUCCUUCCUAUUCCUCAAGGCAGAAAACAGAAUUAUUAUUUCUCUUAUGAGUGUUAUAGAUUGAUAUGUGAAAGACUGUAUGGUAAAGCUACCUGUUAUUCAGUAUACAGUAAAGAACUACCACAAAUAGAAUUUAAACAGAAAGAUUUAGAUGUUGUUGUAUCUAAGAUAAUUCUACAAAGAAAGGAUGGAGUUGAUGCUACCCUGAUGCAGAUCGGUCAUACACUCAGCCAGUCCUUAGAGAAUCAACAAAACACAAAGUUACACAUGUUCCACAAAACUCAUAGAUAUAAAAUAGGGCACGGUCAGAAAUGUGAAACUGACCAUGCUGCUUGUACAGAUAUUAUAACAGCCUUCACUUUGGACCAUUCACGUCUGCCAAUAACCCAGAUCAACUCUAAUGCAUUCCAUACCUCAGAUAGCUUAGACAGUGAAGACUUACCAAUAUUGAUUGCUUUAGUCUACAAAGAUAAUAUAACAGAUACAGCCUCAUUUUCACAGGUUUUAACAGAGAUAGCCUACCAGUUUUACAAUGAUAUAAUUGUUAUGACCCUGGACGUAGAAGAGUUUCCAGCAUGGGCAGGACAGUUUUUGCCCUUAGACUACACUAAAGUUAUGAUUAAAUAUGAUGGUGAUCCAAAAUUAUUAUUUGACUAUCCUAGAGUCUGUAUGGUAAAGAAGAAUGACCACAAUCAUGCUGCGUUCUACCCACCACUGGAUCAAGAUCGCUGGUCAGUGGAUUGGUUUGAACCAUACAAAUUAAAGCAGUUUAUAUUGGAUUACUUAGAUGAUCCUUCACACAAUGUUAUAGAAACAGAACAUUUCUAGUAUCAUGCUUUAUUUUCUGUGACAAAUGCUAGUGAGAUAUAGGAAUAAAAUGGAAUUAAGAAAACCAAAAAAACUUUUUAACUUCUAGAUAUGAAUGCAUGACUGGUUCUAAGAAUGAUAAUCUUACAUGCAUGUGCUGUUUUCAACUUCAUUUUCAUUAUUCAGUGACUUUUAAAAAUCUUUAUGCAUAAUUCAUGUAAGAUUAACAUAUUAUGUAAAAUUUCAUUUGAAAGGUUUAUGACAUAAACAUUUUGAAAAUGAUUGAUCAGCAAUCCCUCCAUUGUGCCCAUAAUUUAUACAUAUAUGUUUGUAUUUGUAUCAUUCUUAAUAUAUUGCAGCAAUUUUUUGUAUGAAUUUUACAUUAUUAAUAUAUAUUAACUGGAUAUACGAGUUUCUGUCUUCAUCCACUAUUUAUUUUUGUAUGAAUGUUUAUUUAGAAUUACUGUGGAUUAAUUUAUUUUUGUAUCAAUGUGUAUUUAGAAUUACUGUGGAUUCAUUUAUUUUUUAGGUAUCCAAUUAUUUUGGAUUGAGGAAAACUUGCAUUUCUGUGGAUAUUUUAUAUUUCGAUUUUUUUGUAAGUUUGCAUACAUUCCUUUGUAAUUCAUUGAACAUUUGAUUUCGUGGUUAACUUUUAUCCACGAAAUCCAUUAAAAUUAGUAUCUGACGAAGAAUAAUGAAUCCACAGCAGUAAUUUGUUAAUUCAGUUUAGAAUGAAUGCACUCUGAUUUUUAUUGUCACAACAUUCCAGAAUAUAUAUAAUUGUUCUGUUAACAUGAUUAAAGAAAGAUUUCUAUUUGUUGGUGAAUGAAAACAAAUUGUUAGCAUAUUUUUUUAAUUUAAUAUUUAUAUAUAUUUUUUACAUGUUUUACAAUGAGAGCUGGUUCUCUCAAUUGAAUUUUCUUGUUAUUAUACAUUGGGUUAUCUCCCCUUCCCAUCAGAGUGAAUAAGUCCAUUAUUGUAUUAUGCUAUCUCGAGAUGCAAUCACAUAAUAAAUCAAACAUGAAUUUAUAUCCAACAUUUUUUAAUGAAAUUGAAGUAGGCUAUAUGGCAAACAGAAAAGCUGAUUUUGUUAGAUUUUUUUUCUUCAACUAGUUAUUUAAAAUAUAUGUACUUUUUGUAAAUUGCUGAAAGCUACUUUUAGUAAUAACAUUUAUUAGACUUUUUGA